AUGGGCACCAAACGCUCCUGGGAAGGACAGCCACUUGAGCUUCAUCCAAAAAUUGACGCAAGCGACAUCACUAUGGCAGAGGCAGAGGCAGAGCCGCAGGGCGCCUCCAUCAUCUCGAUCUUCGAGAACUUCCGCGACGAGCUCGAUGAACACCAUGACCGCCGCGAACGCAUUAUCAAGAAAAGCAGAGACAUUACAGCGCUGAGCAAGAAGAUUAUCUUCGCUCUCCAAAGAGUCCGCGCCACCAAUCAACCCCUCCCGCCUAAGAUCGCGCAAGAAAAUGAAACUCGUUUCGAACAAAUCCACGCUCUUUUUGAGGCCAUUGUUCCCGAACAACUUGGUAUCAAAGGCUGGCGCUACCAGCGCCAAGUAAGCCCCGGAAUCCAAGAAUACAUUGAAGCAGUCUCCUUCGACCACUAUCUACGUACACAAACACUCAUCUCACAUGCGGAGUGCCAGUCUCGCCUGCCAGCCGAUAUCCUCCUAUCAGAAGAAGACUAUUUGAUGGGACUAUUUGAUCUCACAGGCGAGAUGAUGCGAUUCGCGGUGUUGUCAUUGAGUUCCGGGAACGCGGCUGCAACACAGCCCGAGGGCGGAGAGAGCAACCACCGGCCGACGCUGGCUUCAUCGCAAGGUGAUAUUGUGGUGGAUCUACGGGCAAUGCGGGCUGGGUUCGAGGCGCUCAGUGUGCCACGGCGGCACUUCAUGUUGCGGGAUCUACAGAAGAAGACGGAAGUUAUGCAGAAUAGUGUGGAAAAGGUUGAGAGGGCGGCAUAUGGAAUCUUAGUACGGGGAAGUGAGAGGCCAAGUGGGUGGACUCCCGAUCUUUCGGGGCCGGUUGAGGUCGAAUCGCAUUAG